GUACGAGGCCGUCGUGUUUGCGGACGUAUGCAAACACGGACAGCAACCGCUGGGCGGGUUCAUCACAUCAUUGCACGCCGAAGGUCUGCUGCCCAGUCGGUGGCAAAGCGUUGCAGCCAUGAACACGUACAACCCAUUGGGAAGUACGUUAACGUUCACGUCCCGGAAUGAUAUCAUAGUGGCCUGUUUGCAGGCGUGCGGAGAACGGACUGACCUCAUGGAGAAGGUCCUCAACGCUAAAUAA